CAAGCUCGCUUCAGCAGCUUCAUCGCGAUCACUAUCUAAAGUAAUGUGCUUUGUUUACUUUUAUCGGAAAGUGCUGUUUUUGUUGACAUUUGAUACGGCGUGUAACUGGUGACAGCUUGGUGCCCAGCUCGUCCAUAAUGAAGGAGCUCGAUCGCGUCAGUUGCUGAUACUUUCCGCUCCCCGUCGAUUCGAUUGGGGCCAGCACUCAUUGCUAGACUCGUUUCAGAGGUCUAGUACACGCUGCGGAUCGGCCCACACGACAGCGAAACGCGCGAUAUGACCGAGGUGGAACGCCCCGCCUUCAUUCCUCCUCGUAAAAGAAACGGCAACAAGGCGUCCCCGAGAUCAGUGAGUGCAAAGUAUAACAACGGAAUAUCUUCCGAUCACCGCGCGGUGCCGGCGGCUAGGCCAUGCAGCGCCGCUACGAGCCCCAUCAAGACACCCGACAGCGACCGCAGCUGCGGGCCGACACCAGCUGCGCGGCCGCACCGCAAGCUGUCAGUCGAGUUUCAGCUUGAUCCGGAUGAGCGCGACCCGGACCAAUGGACUACGGACAGGUCGCAGGCGACGGACAACGCUAGCACGGACGGAGAGCUGUCCAGCGUCACCGAGCGGUCUUCGCUGAGGGCCGACGGCGACCGGUACGUGACGAUGACGGGAACUAUCAAACGGGGCAAGAAGAAGGGCGCCACGAUCGACAUGAAAGUGAACAUUUCGCGGGAAGAACUGGACGAGAUCGAGAGUAGCAUCAAAGACCAGCAGACAAGUGACGAGGAGGACGACUGUUUCUUCGGCAUGAACAAGGGUCCGCACGUCCUGUUCCUUUCGUUCGUGCUCGUACCCGUGGUGUUCAUCAUCUCCGCCGGCAAUUCCUUCUACCUGGGCACUAUGACGUGGUACAACAUCCUCGUGGUGCUCAGCGAAAAGCGCUCGAUAUUCCACAAGGUGCUGCUCAGUCCUUUCUGGAUCAUCUUCUACCCGUUCCUCAUCGUGCCGGCCGUCGUCGGACUCGGUCUGUACGCGGCGGCCGUCCAGAUCUCGUGGGAGUACGACAAGUGGAAGCGAGAGGUGCCCGACUGGGAGAAGGGUUUCUACGGCUGGCUCUGCUGCCUCCUACACAUGGAGGAGUGCAGCCCUUACGACGUCGUCGUCCUCACCGACGUGCAGCCGGCCGACGAAGCGCAGCCGCACAAGUCCACGGCCGACACGCCUGUAUAGGCUGUUCUUCGUUAUCCCGCCGUACGCGUGCUCGAUCACUCGUGAAAAAGUAGGCGCUGCGCGGCCACCUCUGGAGGGCGUGUUCUCAGGUUCCGGCCCUCCUUUUUAUCGUUAGUGGAAUGGCUAUUGCCACCAAUAGUUUUAAUUACUUACGUGCUUCUGUGUUGAAAAGCCAUGACCAUAAUCAAUGCUCUUUGGCAGUGCGUGGCUCCUUAAUGGCAACCCGCCAGAAACACCCGAAGGUAACAUGGAUUAGUAUUUGAAGAGAAAGAAGUUUUAGUGUCAGCGUAUGCAGCGGAUAAAUUUCACUUUGCUCUAUACUGCCUUACAAGGCUCUGUGUGAGCACAGCAAAGUACUUUUUCUUUAGUAUGUGUCAUGUGAUUUGAGGAUAGGAGAGUGCGUAUGAACAGACCUAUGCACAUAAUGUAUCUUACGGUACAGUAUUGGGUACCUUGCCAUCUCCAGGGCAACUGCUUCAACAUGUUGCACUGCUUGCGUGUAAGCAGCGACCACUUGUUGAAUGGCUGCAGUUUUACACGAGGCAUUCCUUGCUGUUCUUAAAGUCAUAUCAGUCUCUGUUUGCCCUCUCUAGUCAUGCAAAUGCAAACCCACUUAUUUAUUCCACUUACUUUUUAUUGCGUGCCAUUCAUACUUACUAACCUUGCCUGUCAAGUGACAAGGUUCCCUGCCAAUACAGUUUUUGUUUUAGUGCACAGAUAUUCCAGCAUUGAUGCAUUGCGUGCCACUUUUAUACAUAAUUGCUGCUGCCUUUUUGUACAGGCGCCGUUUCUUGUGCAGGGCUGUGCGAUUCUGCAAAAUCUUUUAUAUUUCAUUGCAACUGUGAUAUUGAAUUUGCAUGCCCUCACAAUGUGCUGUGGCCAGAAGUUUACAAACCAUGUAGCAGCAAAAGCCAUUUCUUAUAAGCACAUGUUCUGGACUCCAGCGUUCACUGGUGUACACAAGGACCGCAAAGCAUUUUUCAAUUUCACAUUGUACAUUCAGGGGGUGCAAGAGGAGUUCUGGCCCCCUGCUACCUAAAACUAAAACAUGGGCAGUGGUGGGACAGCUGUGCCAAUCACAGUCGUCUGUGCCGUCCUAGUUUAGCAAUUUUUAUCUCGAAUGCCUUCUUGAUGCGCCUAAAGCGAACUCCGUCAUAUUUAUUGUCUCCUUCAGUUAAAAUUGAGACUGUAUGGAUGUACUUCGACAUUGCACUGAGUGCUUGUUGCUGCACCAAAAAUCGGCUUUUUUCCUGUGUCAAUAUCUGCAGCAAUAGGUCAAAUGGCUGUUCCACUACUGUACAGCCUCCCGCAUUUUCAGCUAUAUCGUGCGAGAACACUAUAAUAUGGUUGUACGUUGUCCUGAAGGGAACAUUGCAUUAGACGACUCUUGCAGAGGAGAGUGCUUAGUGCACUUGAGAGUACUUCUGCCGGUCUUGCUGAUUAUUGCCGCUUAAAGGCGCUAAAUGACACGUGAUGAAAUGCGGGAGGCUGUACAUAUGGUAACUUAUGACACCGCCUCCCUCAGCUAUUUCCACUGUCGGGCAACAAGGAAUGGCUUUCUGCAGCUCCUACGGCUUGUAAACUUGUUGGUGAAAGAAAACGAGCACUUAUCUGCGGAACGAGCACAAAGAACAAUACUAUAAUGUGACUCAAGUGUUAAUCAACUGUGCCAAAUUACUGUUUUCAUUGCAGUGUUUCUUGAAUGUGAUGUCUCUAGUCGUGUAUUGCAAUGUUGUUUUAUAGGGCUUGCUCCAAGUAGCCUCGUCGGCUUGCACGUGACAUCACGAACAUGUGGAGCAUUAUUUCACCAUUUCCAGCGCAUUGCUGGAAAACGAGCAUAAUUUGGCUAAGGUGCAGCUCUUCACCUUGCUCCGAUUCUCCAACAUGGCUGCUGUGACAUCAGCGCAAUCCAUCUAUAGUCACUGGAACGUCAUGCUCAUUGGGUGUUUGUGCCCUCGUUUGACAAAUGUAAGGACAAGAAGCAUUUUUUUUAGGUAUAGCUAAUGAGCGACAUUGUCUCCUCAAUUUGGCAGCACUUUCUGCGCAGAUUGCAACUUCAUGUCCUGUGAGCGUGCUGCAGUUAAAGCUGUCAGGACGAGUGCACGUUUUUUCAACGUUUCCUCCCCCUCCAUAUUGCUGCAUUCCAUUAGCAUGUUGCAGUGGCAAUGAAAUAGCUGCUGUGUAUGUGGCCUGCUGGUCAGGAAAUGUAAGCACAAAAGAGCUAUCCAAAUGAAAAGAGUUUUCAUUACCAGUGAGUUCCGACAAGGGUGUAAGCUCCAAACCAGCAACCCCCUUGUUGCUAACUAUGGUGGAAAGCACCAAUAGGUAGCGUUCAAAUUUAACCUUCCAGCGACAGCUUCUUCGGGCUAAUGGAAACUGAUAUUGAAGGCCAUACUUUUGUGUACUGCAAGUGCCAGAACGAGAAACAAGACAUGAUUGCCACAUUUUGUAACUUACCCAUUGAAAAGCUAGGAAAAAACAAAGAAAAAAAAUUGCGCCAUUCCACUGCUGUGAAGGUGGAUUACCAGCGAAGCAGUUUAGCACACGACAUAGAGGUGACACAGAAAUUAGAUCAAAGGUAUGAGCAAAUUUUAUUUCUCUUGAGCGGUGACGGUGGUAAUCCUGAAGAAAGAGACACACCCAUACACAUUUAUUUUGAUCGGCGGUCUUGAUCGGUGGCAUAGAUUCGCGUGGAAGACUACCGCCAUCUCGGGUAGUCAGAGGAAAGUAGACGCGCGACAGGACCCCCACGCUGGGAGAGCGGAAAGAAACUAGGCACUCAAGUGCUUGGAACGGGCGGAGUGAGCGUAUUCAUGGCCGACGCGGGUGGCACAGCGCCAAAUCUUUGAGAAACCCGUAUUAUCUACCCGAGAGGCUACUGAUUUUGAAAAUUGUGCCUAUUGAUAACUAAUCUACUGAAAAUGCAUAUCCAAGUGAUGAGACUUAUAAGCUUUUACCAGUGAAGCUGUUACAGGCUGGCCUAAACAGCGAAGCUAUUUAAGCCAGCCAAGGCGAGCGUUGUAACCACUAGGCUAUACAGCCAUGCUUGCAGAAUAUGCAUUUAUGCGAACCAUAUGAUUGCGUUAGAGCGUCGUCGUCUUCGUCCACAGCUGGCGCGUUCGCAUGUGCUCGUGCCUAAUGCUCUGCGAGGUGAAGAAGAGGUUUUGCGCGCUGUGCUCGGGAGAGAGAGAUGCAUUCACGGAGCGGAUCUGCUGGAACGCGUUGUUGGCAUUGCAGUACGGUGUCGGUGUUGCAAACUGCGCUAUGCAAUGCGCAGUGAUGGCCGUGCGCGAAAAGAAAUUAUCACCAUCAUGAGUAAUAAGAUAAAAGUUCGCGUGCACUUCCGGAAAAUGCUGGGCUACGAUCGCCCAGCUUCGCUGUUUGAAGCGUUACGUGACCGAGUGCAAGGUUAAGCUUUUUUUUUUGCAUAGAAUGAAGCGAUUUAGCAUCAAAUUCAGGAGCUGAGUUUUGAACACACAAUAUGUUGACACACACGAAAAAUGAAUAGAACCCUGGCCAUCGACAGCUUCCCUGCAAAAAAAAAAAAAAAAAGGUUGCCCUGUAACUUCACUCAACAAAGUGGCAAAUGCAGAACUGAAAACUUGUGCUGGAUUAGUUUUACCACAAGCAAAGUAUUGGAAAGUUUUGUCUGCUAAAGAGGUUGAGUGCCACAGACAGCAGAAGGAUUCUGCAGGCAUAUAGCUUAAAGGGCAACUACAAUGCAACUUUGGACCGUGCAGAAAGCCUAUUUAUUCAUUUUCAAUACCUUAAAUACCCCAAUUAAGUGGUUUUACACAAGUUUCAGAUAGUAUAAUCACAGGGUAUCAUUUUUAAGUUUUAUUUAAAAAAAAUCUGUUGCAGAAAAGGUAAUUCUAGUCCUUGAGCUAGAUAUGUAUUCAUAGAGGUGGACAUUACUUGCACGAGAAAUCCAAACAAAAAUUCACUAAGUAUCUUUUGAAUUUAGUACUUUACAGCAUAUACGGAAAUUUAUGAAUUGUAUCCGAUGAGAUUGCAAGCCGUAUCCACUUGUCGACCUCUUCGACAAAUCCAUCUCAAGGACAAGGAUUAGGCUAUCUGCUACAGGCGAUUCUAAAAAAAGUCCAUAAAACUUAAAUGUGAAAUCUUGCAUUUUAAAUACUAGUGGACACGUCAUGAAAGGCUUGCAGAAACACGCUUUUGAUAGCAAACUUUAAAAAAAAAAAUGCUGUCAUUACUGCUCACCGGAAGCGAUGCACAACCCAGACCCUUGAAAACUGGCGUGGCGCCCUUGCACGAUGUCCCAAGAUUAAACGGCACUUGUGGCACACUGAAAAAUCUUUGAGCCGGCGUGCUGGGAUUUACUUCAUAUCCGCUAACCAUCAGGUGCAUGUGUCAUCUACUUAGGUACUAUUCAAAGGCUGCUAAUAUAGUUACAAGCCCAGUGGGUUUGCCGAGGUUGCUUUAAUGGUAUAUGCCACCCAUUUAAAACCAAUUUGGCCAAGUGAAAUUUCAUUGAAGGCUAGGCACACAAUUAACUCAUUGGUACAUAGCCUUAAUGUCAUUGCCGUGACAUCACGGCCCACACAGUGUUACAGUGUCGUGCAUUAUGCGCAGCACUGGGCUUUUUGUGCAAUGUCAAAUGGAGCAGCACAGUACAGGUGACAUGCACUGGACUGUUCGCCAAUGACAGUUGCAUCGCACUCCUUAAGGCAGUACGGAAAAGUGCUGCGAAAUUGAGGAGACCCACCUGUUCAUCUAUUCAGUAUGUGUGCAAUUCUGCGAGCUAAUUUUCCAAGCUGCAAAAUGUAUGCAAACUUGUACUUAGCAUUCCAAUGAGUCUACAACUGUACGCAUUUCCUGAAUGAUGUACUGAAUGUUCUUGUGAAGGUUUUACACAGAUCAGUGGCAGCUGUGUGUGCAAUUUUGGUACGUGGCAUUGCUCCAAAGGGUGCAAUCGUGAUGAAUUUUACUAUAUGAUAUACCACAAGUUUUGAUCUCAAUACAUUGCCAUUUAUACGUUCAGACGCAAUUAUGGAGCAAGUACUGUAUGUCGUGGUGCAUGUACAUUAGUGAUUAGAAGUGUGUAAUGAAAAAUAAAAAUGUUCCUGUUUUUGU